AGAAAACUAAUGUUGAUCCAGGUGUUAGAGGGUUAACUUGCACUUGUGUUGAUUGCAAAAAUUAUGAUGGCAAAAGCGUCCUCAGCCGGCAGCUGAGUGCGCGCUGCGGUCACUGACUGCUGCGUGCGUCUGUUUUCACAGUGAGGAGCGAGAGUCGUGGAUUCGUGCUAAGUACGAACAGCGGGCCUUCGUGCCUCCUCUUCAGCCGGCCCCGGGGCCCCAGCUUCCAGGUGACGGUAUGCCGGCGUGGCUGCUGUCUGCGGUGACGGACCGAGAUCUGCCCAGACUGCUGCUCCUCCUGGCCCACAGCACCAAGGACCAGAUCAACGCUACGCCGGCCGGGUCCAGUUCGCCGGCUCGCUCGGCCCUGCACGCCGCCUGUCAGCUGGGAGACGUAGUCAUGACCCAGCUGCUCAUCUGGUACGGCAUCGAUGUGAAAGCGAAGGAUAACCAAGGCCAGACAGCCAUGAGGAUGGCCCGAAAAACAGGAAGCAAAGGGUGCAUUGAUAUUUUGCUCCAACACGGCUGUCCCAACGAGACGUCCCCCACCACUGCCACGCCCGUCCUCUCCCGCCGGUCCAGCACUGCCAGCCUGGGCCGAACCAGCUCCAGGAAACGGGUGUCGUAGCGCAAACUGAAGGUUUUGGAAACGACUGGAGGAUGCUUCAUGUCUAGAAACCUUUUGGAUACUUUGGAGAAGGGCGUGCUGUAAGAACAGGACUAUCUCGUAGGAUUUCAAAAACAAUAGCUCCCGAAGACUGAACAACAUAUCAAACAACUUUAAAGCAAUAUUCAUUCGAUUUGUUGAUGACAGAUAUGUUGCUGAAAUACUGUGUUGAUGUUGACCUCAUUUCCAAAUGACUCAAGUAGAAACUUUGUAGCCGUCUUCUGUAAUUUUAGAGCAGACAAACUGCUUCUCGUUUCACUUCCUCCAGAAGAAGUGCAAUAAUCCAACUAUGAUGGUCAAAAGCAACAAGUUUUUAGAGCGAGCCGAGUCGGAUGACUGUGCGGUCAAUACAUGGAGAGGGUGCUGCUUUUUAUUCAAAGUUUAUUGUGACUGGACCAAAACAGCUCGUAUUUCCUUUGGCUUUACAGAUAAAACCUACAGUAUGUCAUGUUGUUAGUUAUGUGUGCCUGUCGCAGCAGCAUAAAGGCCAGUUUGGCCAAUAUAAACUGUUUUUCAGUGACGAAUCAGCUGAGAUAAUUCUGCUUAGACUAGAAAAAUGAAUGGUUUGGAAAAUGAAAUAUGUCAGUGUUACUCUCGCAGGUCAAAGAUAUGGCGUUUUAAUAUACUGUAAAUGUAACUAUACUACAUACUUAAUGUUAAACUCUGUAACGAAGACACAACUGAAAAAUCAAAGACUCAAUUUUUGUAAAUGAUUUCUACUGGUAGUUUUGAAAAUAUGUCAGGUUUUUGUUUUUUUUCAUCGUCUGUCAUCAUUUCUUAUCCUCCUACGUGUCAUGGAAGCAUAAAAGCAGUAAACAAAAUGCUUUUACAUGAUGUAAACGUGGCUAUUUGUUCAGAGUUUUAUUUGGGAUGACCAGACGACGACAUAAAGACAUAGUUCACGUCCAUGUUACUGUUGUGUAGGUCUGCCCCCUGAGUUUACAGUGAAGUAUGAAGAGUUGCAGGUGUCAUUGUUAUUUCUGACACUUUGUGGGUCGUGUGAAUCUCUCAUGAGCUAAAACAAAUGGUUAUCGGAACAAAAUAAACUUUUUUUUAAUUAGCA